GGCAGAUUUCGCCUUUCAAGGUCGCACGCGCGUCCAGCUACGUCCAGCACGCCACUCACUCGUCUCGCUCGCUCGCUCACCCUCCUUGGCUCUGUCUCCUGCAACAAGCCCAGCGUGGGUGUCGAUUGGGAGGAGGAGGGUAGAGUGGUGGUGGUGAAUCCGGCAUGGACGCCCUGCAGGAGAGCCCACCGUCCCACCACAGCCUCCCGUCGGCGCUCCCUUCGGCUACCGGCGGCGACGGCACCAUCGCCACGACGCACAACCCCUUCGAGAGGCCCCUGGAGAGCAUCGCGCCGUGGAACUUCACCAUGCUGGCGGCGCUCAUGGGCACCAUCACGGCGCUCUCGCUCGGCGAGAACUUCGCCGUCAUCGUGGUCACCGCUCGCUUUCGCCAGCUGCGGCAGCCGCUCAACUACGUGCUCGUCAACCUGGCGGCCGCCGACCUCCUGGUGUCGGCCAUCGGCGGCAGCGUCAGCUUCUUCACCAACAUCAAGGGAUACUUCUUCCUCGGCGUCCACGCCUGUGUGCUCGAGGGUUUCGCGGUCACCUACUUCGGCGUGGUUGCUCUGUGGUCGCUUGCCCUGCUCGCCUUCGAGCGCUACUUCGUGAUCUGCCGUCCGCUGGGGAACUUCCGUCUGCAGUCGAAGCACGCGGUGCUGGGUCUGGCCGUGGUGUGGGUCUUCUCGCUGGCGUGCACCAUCCCGCCCGUGCUGGGCUGGAGCAGCUAUCGUCCGAGCAUGAUCGGCACCACCUGUGAGCCCAAUUGGUAUUCUGGCGAGCUGCAUGAUCACACAUUCAUUAUGAUGUUCUUUACCACCUGCUUUAUAUUCCCGUUGGCUGUGAUAUUCUUCUCGUACGGAAAGCUGAUUCAGAAGCUCAAAAAGGCGUCGGAGACGCAGCGGGGGCUGGAGUCAACGCGGCGCGCCGAGCAGCAGGUGACGCGCAUGGUGGUGGUGAUGAUCCUGGCGUUCCUCCUGUGCUGGAUGCCCUACGCCACCUUCUCCAUCGUGGUCACCGCGUGCCCCACCAUCCACCUGGACCCGCUCCUGGCGGCCGUGCCGGCCUUCUUCUCCAAGACGGCCACCGUCUACAAUCCCGUCAUCUACAUCUUCAUGAACAAGCAGUUCCGCGACUGCUUCAUGCAGGUGUUGCCGUGCAAAGGCCUCAAGCAGGUUUCCGCGAACCAGACGGCCGGUCCGCAAAACACGGAGCACACGGUGUCCAUGAACACGCAGAGCGCCGGCAACCGGCACAACAUCUCGCUGGCCGCGGGCGGACCCAGGUUCACCAGCGCCGUCGCUCCAAGCCCGGCCACUGGGGUCGUGGAGCCAACGAUGGCUGUGGCCAGCUCCAUGGGCGAGCCUCCGGACAAGUCGACAGCUCCUUGCCAGCAGCAAGGGCAGCAGCAGCAGCAAGGGAUGCCAAUCCCGGCCAUCACUCACGUUCAGCCACUGCUCACCCAUUCGGAGUCCGUGAGCAAAAUCUGCCCGGUGUAGCGGCGUCGUGCGGUGGGGCAACGCACCAGCGGGACGGGGCGGGGGCAGCCUUGAAAGGAAAACGAUUUGGGUGCACUGCUCCACUGGACACUCGAGUUGCGUCAUCCUUGGGGAGCGGGGGGUCCUUAAGGAUGACGGUGCGAUGGU